AUGUCCCGCGAUACCAUCGCGAUCGCAGUCAAUCACUUUCGGAAUAAGCGCCAGGCGCACACUGUCAGCCGAUCGAGCUACGAUCAAGCAUGGAAUCCCUUCCGACAUGUUGCGUGGAACAACAGAGAGCGCCGGGCGGAUACGUGGAAUGGUGGUCGUCUGGAGGAGCAGCCCGAGGGCUCGGGUGACCACCUAACCCACGCGGCCACAGCCCCAACACCACCGACCGCGACGACCCAUGCGGCCCGCGACUUGUCGGCGACGGACACCAUAUCUGGUUCCGUCACCGGAUUUGGAAAGGAGACGGAAGAGUCAGCACGAACCAGGAGCAAAGGCAACAGUGAGGAAAAGCCGGGCUCACAACGGUCACUCGAUGUCGAGGGCUCUGGCCUACGAAACCGCAAACCCGACGACGAGGUCUCCAGGCAAGAUGCUGCAGCGCCUGGCCAGACAUCCACUCAAGCCGAUGACGACAAGAAGAAAGAAAAGCAGACUGGUCUGUUUCGCCACGUCUAUCCGAAGACGCCGUUUACGACCGCCAACCAACUCCAGCGGACGUUUCUCAAUUCAUGGAUCAACAUCUUGCUCCUCGCAGCGCCUGUCGGAAUUGCACUCAACUACGUCAAAUCGGUGAAUCGCGUCGUGGUUUUCGUCGUCAACUUCAUCGCUAUUAUACCGCUGGCUGCCAUGCUCAGUUUCGCCACGGAGGAGAUUGCGCUCCGCACGGGCGAGACGCUUGGAGGACUCCUCAACGCUACGUUCGGCAACGCCGUCGAACUGAUUGUCGCAAUCAUCGCCCUCAAGGAUAAAGAGUUCACAAUUGUCAAGACGUCUCUGAUCGGAUCCAUUCUCUCCAACCUGCUCCUCGUCAUGGGCUGCUGCUUCUUCUUCGGCGGCCUCAGACGCCAAGAGCAGUUCUUUAACACAACAGUGGCCCAGACCGCCGCGUCACUCCUUGCUCUCGCAGCUGCGUCCGUCAUCGUCCCAACCGUUUUCGAUUCGGCCCAGGACACGGGCCCCGAUAGGGUCUCUGCUUUGUCUCGUGGCACGGCAAUUAUCCUGCUGCUUGUCUACGCUGCCUACCUCUUUUUCCAGCUGAAGACCCACCAAUUGGUCUUCAACGAGGAGAGCCAAAAGGUCCCGGCCAAGCCCUGGAGCUCUGGCGGCCUCGGCGCUGGCGCGAUCAAGCAGGGCCUCGCAAUGCCUGGGUCUCUUAUGGGCCAUGCAAUGCCAAACCAGUCCGAGAAUGAACGGCUUUCAAAAAUGCUGAUGAAUCCAUCGGAAGCGGCCGACGAAGACGAGGAGGAAGAACCUCAAUUGCACUUUCUUGUUGCUUUGGGUACUUUGGCGGGCUCGACUGUCAUCAUUGCCCUCUGCGCAGAGUUCAUGGUCGAUUCGAUCGACUCCGUCACCAAAGGCCCGAACGGACAGCCUGGCCCUCUCUCUGUCGAGUUUGUCGGUCUCAUCUUGUUGCCAAUCGUUGGCAACGCCGCUGAGCAUGCCACAGCUGUCACGGUUGCUAUCAAGGACAAGAUGGACCUUGCCAUUGGUGUUGCCGUCGGAUCCAGCAUGCAGGUUGCCUUGUUCCUGAUACCCCUCCUUGUUGUCAUUGGGUGGGGCAUGGGCUAUGAGGAGAUGAACCUGAGCUUUGACAACUUCCAAGUCGCGGUUAUGUUCGUCGCCGUCUUGCUUACGAACUACCUCAUUGGCGAUGGCAAGAGCCACUGGCUGGAGGGCUUUCUGCUCAUCUGCCUUUACGCCAUUAUCGCUGUCUGCUCGUUCUAUUACCCGAACGAUGCAGCUCUUGGUCCGCAAUCGUGA